AAUACUGAUAACUAACACAGCAUCUUCAAUGCAUACGUUUAGGGCAUAUAAAUUAUUUAUUGGAUAAUCGCAAUUGGUAAUGAAUUAAAAGGUUAAAAUAUAAAGUGCGAAUUAAGAAAAUAUUAAUUAAGCUAUGGAAAAUGCAGCGUCGGACAGUGUCGUUAUACCGGACAUUUCCGAAGCCGAACAUCUUGCGAGUGAGCACGAUGGCGGCGAGAAUGGCGGUUCCGGAUCGGAGUCAGGUCAGCGUGUCACGUUAGGUGGACGGCAUGCGAAUGUUGGAGUACCUGUCACAUUACCUGUUGGUUCACUUAUUACAAGUACCUUCAAUGUCAUCACCCAAGAUCAGUUGUCACAUUUUAAGCCUAUGUUAUGUGUUGAUAAUAAUGGCUACAUAUCAAAUGAUGGAUCUGGGGCAGAACUCAAAACCACGCAUAUUGUUAUACAACAAGAUACAUCCGAUGACAGUAAUGCAAACAAUGCAACAAAUAUUACAAAUACCAAUAUGGGAGGUAGUUGGAGUGAAGCAGCAACACUUCCAAUAUUACCCGUACGAUGUAAAAACACAUCUGCAGAAUUACAUAAAUCCAGAUUUGGAUCUGGUGGUCGCGGUCGAUGUAUAAAAUUAGGCAUGUCUUGGUAUACACCUAGUGAAUUUGAAGCGUUAUGUGGACGAGCAUCGAGUAAAGAUUGGAAACGUAGUAUUCGUUUUGGUGGACGUAGUUUACAAACACUUAUCGAUGAAGGUAUUUUAUCACCACAUGCGACCAGUUGUACAUGUGCAGCAUGUUGUGAUGAUGACAAUGCAACUGGACCAGUACGACUUUUCACACCAUAUAAACGACGACGAAGAAAAGAAAUUGAAUCGGAUGCCAAUAGACCUAUAAAUAUAAAGGUGCGUCGUGAAGGUAGUGGCGAGGAUAGUGAUAUGGAUGGCGGAGCAAACGCAAAUAAAGAUGAGGCUUGGCAGACCCUAGCAGAGGGAUUAGAUCCAAAUGAUUAUCAGUUAAUGGAACCGACACCACCAUCUGAUCCAAAUGUAGCCCUACGACGUUUAGAAGAAAUGAGUAAUAAUAUGAUGCGAUUAGCUAGUGAGUUUCGGAGAGUGGUUGACGAGGCACGAGAAUUGUGUGUACGACAAGUUGAAAGAUUUUCACGAGAUAGAGAGGCAGCGGUUUUAGCAGCGAGAGUUGAAGCUCAAGUUGCGGCACUGCAACCGGAUUCAGCGACUACAGCUGAUUCUACUUUACAGCCUGCUUUAGAUAAUGACAAUCACAAGAAGUGUGCCAAUUGUAAUAGAGACGCUCUUGCCGAAUGCUCAUUGUGUAGACGAACACCAUAUUGUUCGACAUUCUGUCAACGAAAAGAUUGGACAUCACAUCAAGUUGAAUGUGUACGUGCUGUUACUGCUGAGACACCUCAACAGUCUAUAAUGCUUAUUGUUGAAAGUGCAGAGCAUCAAUAAUUAAAUUGAUAUAAGUUAUUAAACGUAAUUAUUAGACAAAAAAAAAAAUGUGUAACUAGAUUAUCUAUACUAAUUAUGUAAGUAUUCACGAUGUUUUAAUUAUAUUAAAUGUGUAUGACAUAGCAAAAGAUUUAGAAAACUUUAAACAAUAUUUGUCACAGCAUUUCUUUUGUUCGUU